UUCUUCUCUUCAUUGCUGGUUGCUCACACAAACCAGCUCACAGCCAAAGAGCUCCUCUGUCCCCUGCACGCUGAUCGGGCUUUAAACCACAAACUUUCCCCAUGAAAACAAAUUGAGAUUACCAGAAGAAUUCACUGCUCAAGUUUAAAGUGGCAGACAUGGUUCAAAGCAACGGGGAGAACCCACAAAGGAACCGAAGAGGUCUCCACCAGAUCCGGUCCGCGAUCCAGACCCGGUCCCUGUUGGCCAAGAAGAGAGUGGAGAACAUCACAAAGAACGAUGUGAAGGGAUUUUUCACUCGAAACGCCUUUGUCCUCUUAACCAUCGCUGCUGUAAUUCUUGGCAUCGCACUUGGAUUUGCCCUGCGACCGUAUAAGUUGUCUUACCGGGAGGUGAAGUACUUCUCUUUCCCCGGGGAGCUGCUGAUGCGAAUGCUUCAGAUGCUGGUUCUGCCCCUGCUGGUUUCCAGCCUCAUCACCGGUAUGGCCGCUCUGGAUGGCCGUGCUUCUGGGAGAAUGGGCAUGAGGGCGGUGAUCUACUACACCACCACCACUGUCAUCGCUGUGUUCAUCGGUAUUGUCUUGGUUCUCAUCAUCCACCCUGGAAAAGGAUCAAGGGAUGAGUUCAUCAAACAGCCCAAGAUAGAGCAGAUCAACCCAGCUGAUGCCUUCCUGGACCUCAUCAGAAACAUGUUUCCUCCGAAUAUUGUGGAGGCUUGCACAAAACAGUUCAAGACGCAGUAUGCCAAGAGAGUGGUCCACGUGACGAUGACCGUGAAUGACACAAUAUUCUCGGUCAAUGGAAGCCAGGUGAUGAGCCGGGAGGAGAUGAUCCCAGUGCCGGGGUCGGUCAAUGGAGUCAACGCUCUGGGCCUGGUGGUGUUCUCUAUCUGCUUCGGUCUGAUCAUCGGGGGCAUGAGGGAGAAGGGCCAGCCCCUCAAGGACUUCUUUGACUGUCUCAACGAAGUCAUCAUGAGGCUGGUUGCCAUAAUCAUGUGGUAUGCCCCUGUUGGUAUCCUGUUCCUGAUUGCCGGCAAGAUCGUGGAGAUGGACGACAUCGCAGACAUGGGCGGCCAGCUGGGAAUGUACACGGUGACGGUCAUCUGCGGCCUGCUGGUCCACGCGGUAAUUGUCCUGCCGACGCUGUACUUCCUCGUCACCAGGAAGAACCCCUUUGUUUUCAUCGCUGGGCUGUUGCAGGCUCUCAUCACCGCCCUGGGAACGUCUUCAAGUUCGGCCACGCUGCCCAUCACUUUUAAAUGCCUGGAGGAAAACAACAAGGUGGAUAAGCGCGUCACCCGAUUCGUGCUCCCUGUCGGCGCCACCAUAAACAUGGACGGCACCGCUUUAUAUGAAGCCCUGGCUGCCAUCUUUAUCGCUCAGGUCAACGAUUAUGACCUCAACUUUGGACAAAUUCUCACCAUCAGUAUCACGGCUACAGCAGCAAGUAUUGGAGCAGCUGGAAUCCCUCAGGCAGGGCUGGUCACCAUGGUGAUAGUGCUAACGUCUGUAGGCCUUCCCACUGAUGACAUCACACUCAUCAUCGCAGUUGAUUGGUUCCUGGACCGAUUGCGCACCACCACCAAUGUCCUUGGAGACUCCAUCGGUGCAGGUAUAGUGGAACAUCUGUCUCGCCACGAGUUGCAGAAGAAGGACCCUGAGGUGGGCAACUCGGUGGUGGAGGAGGCAGACAAGAAGCCGUACCAGCUCAUCUGCCAGGAGAAUGAGUGUGAUACCGAGAGGUCCGUAGACAGUGAGACCAAGAUGUAGGUUCUUAUCUGAGGCGGUCCGCAUUACAAGGAAAACUAUUGCACCGCAUUGAAUCACACUUUCAAACUAUGCUCUCCUUAAUUUUCCAUACCUUCACACAUUUGGAGGGUUUGAAAUGAAUUCAUCUAGAUUUUUGACUUUUGUGGCACACCUUUGACUUGAAAUAGUCUGCUGUUGCAUUGUCUUCUUGAGGGUUUACAGUAUGAUGCUGGGUACAAUAUAUUCCAUUGGUAGGCAGCUGAUCACUAUUAAGACACACUAAGAACUACAUUAAUGCCUGAUGGUCCAUGGCCUGCAUGCCACAUCCAACUCCUCUCAGACCUGUGAUGAUUAAUCUCCCCCACUAGAGGUCAGUAUUGCUCUUCACCCUUAUGCCACAGCAGCUUGUAGCCCGAGGCUUUAAAGUUGUUGUCUUUUGUCUUAGCUUGUUGCAAGUGAAAUUGUUCUUGUGAUAUGGUUGGAAAAUUCCAGCUGCUUUCGGAGAAAAAGGAUGUUUUUUCACAUGAGUGGCUUUAUGUGAGUUGAUGUAUCUUCCACCGACUGAGAGCCUUAUGUAAUUUACCCGUAGGCACUCAUCCUUUUUUAAUGUGGUGCUAUCAUAGAAUCUAUUGAACACUAUUCGGUUUGACGUAUUCCUCAAACCAAUCAUUACAAUCAUGAAGGUGAACAAACCAAAAUCACUCAGCCAUGUUUUUACCCCUACAUUUGAAAUCAUAAGCAAAUUAGAAUUGUAAACCAUUAUAUUUCAACCAAAAAAAGCACCAAAAAAACAUACUUAAAUGUAGUUUGUAAAUGUAACCAAUUACAUGACAGUAUGAAAUAUUUUUAAUUCAAUAAAUAAAACUGCAUCCAGUAGUUUGGAUAUUUAACUUUAAAUUGUAUCUUUUCUCAAUUCAGCUUCAUUUCAAAUGGAUGUUUUUUCAGUUGCUUUAUUAUGGAUGCAUGUUGUAGAGUUAACUAUUUCAGAUAAUUCCACAAACGUUUUGUUUUAGCUCUCUUGUACUUGAAUUAAUUCAGUAUAUGCAACAAUGUACAGGUUGCUUUGUAUAGAAGGUUAUUUUUAACAUACUGUGCUUGUAUAGAUACAUUUAGAAACAUGUGUACAUUAAUUGUAGAAUCAAAAUUGGAAAAAGGUUGCUUGAGGAUUGCGUAUGUAAAGAUGUUGUAAC